AUGACUGUCCUAUCUCUUGUCACAGUGGCUUUGGCCCUUUCUUCGCCGGCCAUGGCUAUGCCCCGUCCUCAGCUCGACAACGGACCUAGCACAGAAACCCCUGGUGCUGGUUUGGGCGGUCUCAUCCCUACUGCCAUCGCUGGUCCCCCUUCCGCUACUGAGGCUCCCGGCGGUGGUCUGGGCGGUCUUAUUCCUAGUGCUGCCCCGACUGCUGCCCCUGGUGCUGGUAAUGACGCUCUAAUGGAUACGAUCGGCAAACUCCUCAGCAUGCUGCCUGAGCUUUUGGGAGGUGGUGCAAACGGUAACGCUCCCGGUGCUGCCCCGACUGACGCCCCAGCUGGCGCCUUGCCUGGAGCCGGCGAAAACACUGCCGUUGCUCCUCCUGCCAGUACCCCAAGCAGCGGCGCUGCUAGAGGCAAUGAAUCUCCUCUUCUGACCCCAGGCCGAAACAACAACGCUGGCGGCGGUAUUCCUACUUUCGUUGCCGGACCUGGACAGGGUUUUGGAGAGAGUAGCAAUUCUGAUGCUCCUGCGGCGACCGAUGGUGCUGGCAACAACAACUCUGGUGGUCUUCCCGACUUUGGCAACGGGGGAAGCGAUGCUCCUACUCUCGUUCCUUCUCCUGGCAGUGGUCUUGACGGCCCUGGCACUGCCCCUGGUGCUGUUAUUCCUACUUUUGUUGCUGGCCCCGGCCAAGGCUUCGGAAAUGGCGAUACUCCUACACCCGGAAGCGGCGCAAGCAACGACAACGAUAACAACAACAACACUCCCACACCUGGAACAGGCGCAGGCAACGGCGACAACAACUCUUCCGACGCCCCCGAGACUCCCAUUCAAACACCCGGUAGCGGCAGCGGAACACAGCCUACUGGUGACUUGGCCGCGCCCAGUGGUCCUAUUCCCACCUUUGUUGCUGGACCCGGUAAUGGCUUUGGAGAGGGUGGCAACGCCCCUACCACACCUGGAUCCGGCGCAGGUAACGGUACCGAUAGCUCUUCUAGCGUCCCAGAGACCCCCAUUCAAACACCUGGAUCCGGCGCAGGUAACGGCAACGACAACUCCUCUGAAGCCCCUGAGGCCCCUACCCAAACGCCUGGCAGCGGCAGCGGAACUCAGCCUACUGGUGACUUGGCCGCGCCCAGUGGUGCUAUCCCUACUUUUGUUGCCGGUCCUGGCAAUGGCUUCGGCGGUGGUAACGAUGGCGGCAACGACAACGACAACAACGAUCCUCAGACUCCUGGUGGCGGCAAUGGUAACGACGACUCCAACGACGCUCCCCAAACCCCCGGUAGAGGAACUCAGCCCGGCGGUGCUAUUCCUACUUUCGUUGCUGCCCCCGGUAACGGCUUCGGUGGCGGCAAUGGCAACGGCGACUCCAACGCUCCCCAGACUCCUGGUAACGGUUUCGGCGGCGGCAACGAUGCUCCUCAGGCUCCCGGUGGUGGCCUCGGUGGUCUCCUACCUGGACAGGCCAGCCAGAGUGGUCCCGACAUUCCCACUUUCGUUGCUGGCCCUGGCAAGGGCUUCGGCAGCCAGAGCAAGAACAGCGGCUUCGAGAGGCGCGUUCGUCGCUCUUCCUAA